AUGAGCAAAGGAAGUCUUUUGGAUUUACUUAGAAGAGAAUUCUAUGUGUCUGAAGAGACAGCACGAAAAUGGUAUGGUCAGAUUUUGGACGCUUUGUCAUACAUACACAAACGUGGUAUUGUUCAUAGAGACGUGAAAUGUGAGAACGUUAUGUUAGACGAUUCAGGACGAAAUGUGAAGUUAGUGGAUUUCGGCUUAGCUAGAAACAAGAUGUUGGAUUCAAAUAAUCAAAUAAUAGAAAGUUCAACGUUUUGUGGCAGUUAUGCUUACUCGUCACCUGAGUUGUUGCGUAUGCUACCACAUAGACAAAAUAUGUCUGAUUUGUGGGCUGCAACUGUAGUGUGUUAUGCUAUGCUAUGCGGACAAUUGCCUUUCCGGGAUGAAUAUAUAAACAUUGAAUUACAAGAUAUAGAACGAGGUGUCAAAUUUCCUCCUAAGCCAAAAAUAUCAAAAAAAUGCAAAAAACUCUUAAUGCGAAUAUUUGUACCCUUGGAACACAGACUUACUUUAGAACAAGUAAAAGCAGACUAUUGGAUGCGGAAAAAAUAUAAAAGUCUUUGGACAAGACCAAUAACCUCAGAAUUUUGA